GGACUGUACCAAAUGUGCCGUACACUGCGUCUACACUGCACAGCUCGAGACUCAGCGGACCGAGGCGUGCACACGCCUUCAUUCAUCUCCCAUCCAUCAGAACAGCGAAAAGCGGACAUUGGGGGCAGGUCAUUAGAGAUGUUGACGCACUGACAUUACCCAUCACUGCUGGCCCAUCCUGGCUGUGUGUUGACAUGGCAACAGGAAGGAAAAGCUCCACAUCUAAGGGCGGGGGCGUUCGCUUCCCUGACGAGGCGGAGGAGGACCCUCUCAGCGAUUGCUGUAACGACACCCAGCAGGACAAGGUCAUCACUGCACUGACGGAACCCGACGGAACGUACCUGGUCAAGGUGGGAUUCCUCAAAAUCCAGCACAAGUACGAGUUCGUCUUUACAAUCCCACAAGUCCCAAAUCUGGGCAAAGACUGCACCCUAUCUCCAGCACUUCGGACCACAGCCAAGCCACGCCUCCGUGCCACACGAAUCGUACCACGCCCUGAAGGUGGUGUGAAGGUGGUGUGUGAGUACAGUGCUCAGCAGGAAGGCGUGGUGCAGGAGGAGCUGACUCUGGUUAACAGGAGCAGGAGGGACAGCAGCGUGCGAGUCAAAGUACAGGCCAGAGUGAUGGAUCGCCACCAUGGGACCCCCAUGUUGGUGGAGGGCGUGCGAUGUUUGGGAACAGAGAAAGAGAUUUCAUCGAAAACCAAUGACCGAAAGAAGAUCUGACCACAUUUGCUCCCAUCCUACGCAUCUGACCAGCAUAGACCGAAGCUAAGAGCACAGUGCAUGAGCCUCAGAAUCAACCAACCCCAACUCCACUCCCAACAAUCCACAGAACAUGGCCUUUUCAGGCUGAAGAUAAAUAGCACUAAAUUUACUCAUUAGCCAUUAGCUAAUCAAGGAAGGCCUGGUGUUGGAGAUCCAGUGUUCCAGUUCCCAGAAGGCCUCAGUAAAGGAAUGCUGUUCUGUAGAUCGCUGGAGCUGGAGUUAGGGACCAAUGUAGAGAUUCAGUAACAAGACCAAGCAAUACUGAAGACCCCCGGCGGCCGAGAAAAGCCAGAACCACAUCACAGCUGUGAGAUCUCCUGGGAACUCCAGAGAGCUGCUCAGUUCUUACGGUUGCUGGGAAGAUGUUGGAAUGUUUCAGGUAUAUAUGAACCAUCUCAAUGUAAAUGUCGUCAUGUCAGGACCCUGCUGAGGGUCAUCUUUAAGCAGAAACAGAAGUGCUGUCCUUAUGGCCUGUCUAAAGUCCAGAGUGUGUUUAGCUUCAGCAUGAGUUACAGCUUCAUUUAAAGGGUUGUUUUGGGAUUAGCAUUAACACUCAGUAAAUACAAAACACUGUUUUUAUGCUGUACAGUACUGUGCAAAAGACUGCAAGCACAGCUGAUCAAGUUAUAUUUGAAAGAUUUAAUUUAAAGGAGAACUCCGGUGUAAAAUGGACUUUUGUUGUAGUAAAACAUGAUAAAAAGUACUAACCUUUUAAUGAAUAGCACACCUCCGUUCUCCAGCAGCCUUCUGAGAUCCAGAAAUUUGAACAGUUUGUCCAAACACCCUUUAGACUGGGCGACACAGAGCAUAAUUUGCCCUGAUAAAUCUCUUUCUACACCGUUAUCCAGCUCAAAGUAGCUCCACACCUCCUUGCUAGAAUCCGGAGAGCCCUGACAUUUAAAACGAGGCAUUAUUAACUUAAAAAGUGCUCAAGAAGCUUUUAAAGAAACGCUGUUUUCAUCCUAUAGUGUUAGCUUAACCUCCUUGCAGCUCCAUCUUUGUACUGAUAAUGACAGACAUAUAACCUUGAUCCUUUGUUAGUUAUUAAAAACUUGCCUGAGAUAAAGGUUUUUAAACAGUUUGCUUAGGUCUUUUGCACAGUACUGCAUUUCUGAAUGUGUAUCUGUAACAUAGCCAUAUCCCCUUGUGUCGAAUGCCUCCUGCCUGUUCACGCCUUCCACAAAUCCUCUGUGUUUUUAUAGCAAUUUGUUGUAAAUGUCACAACGUUAAUGCAUGCUAGUCUUUCAGAACAAUCACUCACUCUGAGUUUCUAAUAGUUCUUAGCUAAAAGAUGUGCUGGAAUGUUCUAGAAAAUUAGAAUUACAAUCAGGGAUGGAGUGUGGUCCUAGACACACAUGUACAAAACCCAACACCCACACACUGUAAAUUCUUUUGUAAAUGAAGGAUGUAGUUAGUUAACAGUAAGUUAGUCUACAAGCACUGUCUAAUAAAAAUACUGCUUUUUUCUUUAUUUUUUAUUUGUGGUGAUUCAGAAACAUUCACAUUUAGGUUAUUACGCUAAUUGACGAAAAAUACAUAUUUCAGUUUCUGAAUCAGUUUCUCUGAUUUUGCUAUUUAUAGGUAUAUGCUUGAGUAAAAUUUAAAUUGUUGUUUUAUUCUAUAAACUACAAACCACAUUUCUCCCAGGCAUCUUGGCAUCAUGUUCUCCUCCACCAGUCUUACACACUGAUUUUGGAUAACUUUAUGCUGCUUUACUCCUGGUGCAAAAAUUCCAGCAGUUCAGUUUGGUGGUUUGAUGGUUUGUGAUCAUCCAACUUCCUCUUGAUUAUAUUCCAGAGUUUUUGAAUUUGGUAAAAUCAAAUAAAUAAUUUUUGAGUAUUUUCUUCUUUUAUUUCUCGAGCUGUAUAUGUAAGUGAUUACUAUAUUAGUAAAAUUAUUAGUAAAAGGAAAACUAAACAAUUUAAAGGAGGUUCUAGUACCCCGUUGGAGCCUCUAGCCUGGAUACAAGGUGAGAUAUGGUUGGACAGUCAGUUUAUGUUAUAUCACUACUAGGAGUGAACAACUGUCAUAGGUGAUGGCUCCCCAGAUCAUCACACCAGCACAUCAAUGUCACUCAAUUACUCAGUCCAGUAAUGUGACCUUCCCCCCCUCAAGUUUUUCAACUGGACAAAAUGUCUUUCAGUGUGUCGUAGAGGCAUGUCUAUCAGUGAAUGAUCUCUACCUAAAAGUAGCCUCUGAGAGCCUUUUUAUAGGAUUGCAGGUUGCAAAUCAGUUUUACACCCUCUUGUGGGAAGAUCCAGUGUCUAAUCGGACCACACCUGUAAUCAUUUACAUAUCUGCCAUAUCUGAGUCAUAAUUGCAUGUUAAGUUUUGCAGCAAUCCAGUGUGUUUUAUUUUUAUCAAUAAGUGUGAACUUGUCUUAUGUUUAAACUGUACACCUGUCACUUACACUACUGUACAUAAUAUAUUUAUGAUAUAAGUUGACAUCCUCAGUGCAUUCACAAAGUAAUCUCUUGUAUGUCUUGUUUCUGCUGGCACUGUUAUUUUUGUUAACUGUGGUUUAAAUGCGAAAACAACAAUAUUAAUUAUAGAAAUAAACAGAAUAUUACCUA